AUGUCACCUAACCCUACCAUGAAGGCCGCUCUGCUGGCACUUCUAUUACGUCCUGUCCAUGCUCAAUUCAGUAAUUGGGCUGAUGAUCAAAUCAACACAACAAUCUGUACAUGGUCAGCGCCUAGAGGAGGGCAGGGAACAAACGGCGAGUCACCAAACUACCUCGACGGUGCCCUCCUUGGUAAUGACGACGAAUUCUUCUUCUAUGGAGGUUUACCAUUUAAAGAUACCAUACAGUAUGCAGAUCCAACCGCCCAGGGCCUGUAUAGUUAUCAGGCCUACCAGUAUGGGCUCAAUAAGCCGCUUUUCGAACCAGGACUUCAUAGAUUAGACAAUUUGCCAAAAACUGUCAGCCAGUUCGUCACAUAUGGUGGUGCAGCCCGUGCCCCUUCCGAGAACUUGGCUUGGUACUUUUCUGGGGAGACUUCCCAGUCUGGCAAGUCAAUCUUUUCUAAUUUCAACGAUACCACGAGACCAUCAUUGAUAUCCAACUCCCUCAUAACGGUUAAUUUGACGAUUCAAGGAGACGAGUCGUGGAGCAACAAGACUUUACCUCCCUCGGUCAAAGGCCGUGCAAGCCCUGCACUGGUAUGGGUUCCCGUUGGCGCAAAAGGCAUACUCGUGGCCCUUGGAGGAGUCGUCUAUCCAGAAUAUGCCAAUGCAAGUCGACAGUCUCAAAAUGCCAAAGCUAGUGAAGCUCAAAGCCCGAAAUUUAUGCAGACUAUUGAUGUUUACGACGUCGCCGGCGAUAAGUGGUACUCGCAACCAACCGAGAAAGGACCUGGCGCCCGAGCUCGUGGAUGCGCUGUCCUGGCCACGGCAUCCGACAGCACCAGCUUCAACAUAUAUUACUAUGGUGGCUACGAGGCUAUUGGUGGCUCAGAACCUUAUCACGAUGAUGUCUGGGUUCUGUCUCUCCCGUCUUUCACGUGGACUCUGAUUAACAAUGGCACGAGUUCCCACGGGCGAGUAGGGCACCAGUGCUUCACUCCGUACCCAGAUCAGAUGAUGAUAAUUGGUGGGGAUACAACCCUCGCAGGCUCAACGAUAGAAUGUUUAGAGAACGGACCUGUUGUCAUGUUCAAUUUGACCAGUGGAGAAUGGAUGGACUCUUAUGAUCCCACCGUUUAUGGCAAUUAUGGCGUCCCUGACAAAGUUCAAGCCGUUAUUGGGGGCAAAGCGUCCGGCAGUGCAACGGCUACCCAACCCGCUGUCUCCGGCUGGGUAAACCCAGACCUUGGCAAAGUAUUCGCUACCUCCUAUGAUCAAAAGAAAAUCACGACCUACUGGCCAUAUCCAGCAGCUCAGACGACCAAUCCUCCAGCACAAUCGCCGCCACCAUCUCCGCCUAAAUCCGGAGGCUUACCGUCGUGGGUUGGGCCAGUGCUGGGUGUUAUUCUGGGCCUCAUUGCCCUCACCUGCAUCAUCGUCUUAUUUUGUCUCUGGCGGCGACGAAAGAACCUUAAAAACCGAACAAGCACCAACACUAGCGAGGAAAACGGCCGGAGAAUCCUCUCCUGGAUCAGAGGACAACCUCCCCCUCAUAAGGCCGCCACGGAAACAACUACCGAGGACACACCAGCGAGCCCAGAGAUGCGAGAGUAUAUAUACCCCAGCUUUACUCCAUCAAAUUCGGCAUCUGUCCCCCCUCAGGCUCACGAAAUGGACGAUACGCAGUUGGUGGAACUUGAUGAUACGACCCGGGUUGAACUUCAAGAUACCGGACUCUCGCCGAUGGACAUCCGUGAGCGGUAUUCUCACUGGUUCCAUGGUAGGGCCAACGAUGGCUUGCCCAGCCCAACGAGAAGUUCUCUGCAGAGCACCUCUCCACGGAAUACAAUUUCCCCAAUUAGAGACCGAAACAGCGAAAUAUCACAAACUGGGUUGAGCGAUUCUCCUUCGCCUCGGAUACCCGAAGCCGGCGAGAACGAUGAAAAGUCUCUGCUGCCUACUCCUGACCCGAUAGCCACCCCGGCUACAGAGGACAAAGCCCAGGCAUCGGAUGGUUCAGCUAGAACUUCAGAGGGUCAGGAGUUUGUUGUUUCCCCUCCAACAGCAGAGGAGAAUCCUGGGGAUGACUACUUGACAGUCAAGAAGUCGUCUUCAAAUAGCCCAACUACCCGGAAAAGUGUGUUCCAGGAACACCAUGAGGAUUAGGGUGGUGAAGGCUGAAAGGCGGGAUAGCCUCAGAAUCGGCGUUGGAUGGCAGGUGGUUAUUUUUCUAUAUUUUUUUUAUAAUGAUUGUCAUGAGUCUCGCGUUCCAAAAUUGUUAUAUAUGACUGUAUACCCACCUUUUUUCAAAUAUGAUAUAUACUGCAGUUU